GCGGGGAGGAGGCUCGUCGGCCCGGAGGGCGGAGGAGGCCGAGCCGUCCCAACCCCGAGCUUCAAAACAGCCAGUGCCUCACCCCGCGCGCAGCCCGCCCCUGAGUCCAGACGCCCGCGACGGGUUUGGAUUUGUCUCUCCCUUCCUCUUUGGGUCCUCGCCCCUCUCUGGACUUCCCAGCUGCCGGCUCAGCACUCACUGCCCUGUGAGCAUGUUGACGAUUCUUGCCUUAGUCAUCAUCUUCCACGUCGGAAUUUUUACACUGUUGCUCAUUGCCACCAUUAAAAGUGUCUGGUGGGUAGGAGAAACCUUCUCAGCAGACAUCUGGAGAGUGUGCUUCAACAGCACCAACUGCACAGAGAUCAGCGACCUGAGCGGCAGUGAUGACUUUACAGAUUACUCCAUCAUGCAGGCCGUGCAGGCCACCAUGAUCCUCUCCACCAUCCUCUGCUGCCUCUCCUUCCUCAUCUUUCUGCUUCAGCUCUUCCGCCUCAAGCAGGGGGAGAGGUUCAUCCUGACCGCCAUCAUCCAGCUCAUGUCAUGUCUGUGUGUCAUGAUCGGGGCUUCCAUUUAUACAGACCGGCGCCAAGACUUGCACCAACAGAACUACCACAUCUAUUACAUGAUGCAAGAAGGCAGCUAUGGCUACUCUUUCAUUCUGGCCUGGGUGUCCUUCCCCUUCACUCUCAUCAGCGGCCUCAUGUACAUGAUCCUGAGGAAGCGCAAAUAGGUUUCAGGAGCCCGGCCACUCUCCCCACAGUAUGGCAUACACAUUCACGUAACCAUUUUGUAUAUAAUCAUUUUUUGUGGUUUUUCUAGCAAACCUAUUGUUUCCUUUAAAAUCUUUUAUAAAAAAAAAGAAGAAGAAAAGAGAGAGAAGAGUUUCUGCAUUCUUGAGAUCCGAGACCAGACCAUGAAGGCUGGCAUUCAACAUGCAAGCCCACUGAAAGUCUCUGCAACGCCCAGCAAGAUUCAGCAAUGUGGAAAUCCGCAGGAUGCCUCUCACCCAAGGACCUGGGGUGGGGGUGUGGCCAAAGGUGGGAAAACUCUGUCUUCAGGGACAGGCUCUCUGUAGCUUUCUGCCCCGCCCCUCUCCCCCUGCCCAUUCUACUCUGACAGCCACGGGUGGGAUGAUGAGGGGCCCAAGUGAGGGCUAUCUAUCCUCACAUAUUAACCCCUAGUUCAUGUAAGAGGAAGGCAAAGACUGGCCCUGGUUUCUGUCUGUAUGGGACCCAGAGCCCCAGUCUCCCUACAGUGAGUUAGGUCAUCAUGCAAACUUUCUGACAGGCUCCUGUUUGCCUUAAGCUUAGUGACCCUUCACUGAGAUGACAUGUUUAGGCGUUGAGUCUCCAUAGGUAAUUCCUUAGGGCAUCUGUUGCAUGCAGUCUCAAGUCCACUUCAAAGACCCUCAGGAUCCCUCAUCAAAGGGGUAGGCCUGCAGUAUGCUUAGAUACGCUAAAACUGGGGGGUCAGAGUCUUAGAGCCAGGGAGCAGAGCCACCCUGUAAAUGUCAGCAGUCUCAUCACACUGAGGUGGUCCCACUGCCAGCUACAUCUUGGCCUCCACCAGCUCUUGCUGCUUCUCCCACAGCUGCUUAUAUCCGGGCCACUUGUGCCCCACCCCAGAUCAUAAGCCUCCACCCGGGAGGUGGGCUGGGCAGCUUCCUCCCUGACCUGUCCUGGAAGGACUCUCCUUUUCUUCUUGCCCUUCUUUCUAAGGUGGGUGCUUCCAUUAGGACCCUAUUUCUGGAGUCUCAGAAGAUACAUCUUGCAUUCAUUCAUCUAUCCAUCAUUCAACAUGAAUUGGUCUUGCCACAUGUCAGGUCAAGGGAAUACCUUUCAAAACAAUUCCUCGUUAAACUCGUCUAGUGAAGAACACACACCAGAAACCAACUAGAAAAACUAUCAAUUGUGAUGGAGCAGUAGGGACCCCACCAGAGUCAAAAACCUCCCAGGGUGGUAGGAAGCCCACUUUCUGCAUGCUUGACUAUAAGUGCCUUGAGGUAUCUGUACUUGGGUAGAGGAUCCCACACUUCCCACAGUAAGACAGCAGAGCCAUAGUUUUCAAGAUGGGCAUCAAAGGAGAAUUCCAGCUGCACUCCAAGCAAUUCCAAAGAUGCCCUGAUAAAUGUGACCCUGAGAAGGUUGUUAGUAGCCUUGGAGGAGUGAUGUGCUAUACCAGGUGACCCAAGAACUCUAGGAUGGCAACCUUCUCCCUUUGGUACCCUUUCCCAUCUUUUGAGCACCAAGUAAGAGAGGUGACUCUGGGACAGGGAGUGUAGAUUUGUGUUGUUUAAACAUCUUCGCAUGUGAGCUUCUGUAAGGGGUCGUUUACCAUUAGCUCAAUCCCAGUGAGGCUGGGGAAUUGGGUCUCAGUUGCUUUAGGGAUACCAUGGACACCUCCUCAGUAGAUUGGCUUCCCUCCGUCCAUCUCUCCUAUCUGCUUUCCUUCCUUCCCUUGAAGAGACUGCCAAGGUGGUAUGGGGAAGAGAUAGAGCAAAUGACCACCUCAUGCCUUGGAUAACUUCCCACAGCUCACUGUUGGCUAGCUGGUAGGGUUGGCUCAAAGUCUUGUGAGGCUCAAGGAGGGAGGCCUGUAAAGUGUCCUCUACACCUUCCUGGUAUGGACUUUUCUGCCAUAAUGUCCUAUAGUCACGAUGGAAACAAACAGACCAACCUGCAGGCAUGAGAGUGUGGUCUGAGCCAGCAUGAAUUCCCACUUCAGAAACCCGGAGCUGCAGAAGGAACCGUCCGAUGCGAUGGGCAUGGGCCUGUGGGUUGUCUUGGCUGCUUGCCACUGUGGCCCACAUCAGUGCCCACAUCUAUCUGUGACAUGAGAGGUGCCUAUCCUCUGCUCUGUGUCCCACACUUGGGACACUAGAAAGAGAUGCGGGUGUGAGGGAGAACAGAUCCACCCUUCUCUGUAGGAUCAGCUCUCAAUUGGUGCUUAUCACUAGUUACCAAAGAUCAACAAGAAAGUCAGCUGGGAUAUCCAAGAAGCAUGUAUUAGGACCAAACCCACCACUGUAUUUAAAGGAACUUUAGUUUGCGCAUCUUACAAUAUUUUUAUAAAGUACUGUAAUUCAUGGGGUGGGGCAUGUGACAGAGACAGACUAACCCAUGUUUGUUAUUUGCAUUAAAAUUAUUUUGGGUCUCUGUUUAAAGAA